AAUCUGAAAAGCGAUGAUGAAGGAGGGAGGGGUGGUGGAUCAGGCUUUUGAACAGCGUCUCUAUUUUCAGGAUGGUGAUAUUAGCCGAAAAAUGAGUUGAUGCAUCCCGUCAAUUCGCUUUUCUGAACAACUGUUACUUUUAGCUAACAAGACCAAGGUUUAAUUGUGGUGGCUAAACUUUUGGGUCGUCGAGUGAAUGUCAUUGCCCUUCAAAACAGGUUGCUUGGUCUGUGGAAACCAAAAGGUUGGAUGAAGUGUGUUGACAUUGAGAACGAUUAUUUUGAAAUCAACUUUAGUAAUUUGAAAGAUUUUUCGAAAGUGCUUGUGGAGGGUUCCUGGAUCAUUUUCGGACAUAAUCUCACGAUCCAACCUUGGUCUCUUUCGUUUGAUCCCUCUAACCCUUAUUCGAUUUCCAUUGUAUCAUGGAUUCGAAUCCCUAACCUCCCCAGUUCUCUCUACCAUAAGCCUAUUCUCGAGCAAGUAGGUUCCAUGAUCAGCAAAGUCAUUAAAAUUGAUGAACGUACCCUUCUUGCCACGAGAGGCCGUUUUGCUUGGUUGGCUGUCACGGUGGAUCUCACGAAAUCCUUGAUUACCAGGAUUUUAGUGAACGGGAAGCUUAAGGUCAUUGAAUAUGAGGCUCUCCCAAUCGUGUGUUUCCAUUGUGGCGUUUAUAGUCACAUUAAGGAUAAUUGCCCUAGGCUUGUCGUCAACUUGAGUAACACGGAAGGUGCAUCGACUUUGGAGGAAAAGAAGACUGCGGUGGCCGAACAUCGAAGGAGAAACGAGCGGCGGUUGAACUAUACGGCCUCUGGAUUCUAGUUGAGCCUCGGAAAAGGCAACAAUCUGGAAAUGGGAAGAAUGGAUCUGGUGGUGGGAAUCGUGGAAAUCCCUCCAAUGGCUCUCGAUUCAAUCCCCUCGCUAAAAAUCCGGAAAGCUUGUCUGGUCUUGCUGAUUCAAAGGAGAAUGAUAAUAGAAAAGAAAUUAAAAGAGCCAAAGAUAGUGCCAAAAAUUUUGGUGAUAUUAAAGGGAAGAAAGAAGGCGUUGGAAAUAAUAAAAGAAAGGAGGUGGUGGAAGAAAUUGUUAACCCAUUCUCUGGAAUUGAUUUAAAUGCCAUUCCAACCAAUAAUGGGCCAUUUGUUGGACAAGCUGAGGAUGGACCCCCUGAUUUUGUUAAUAAUGAGCAUAAGGGCCGCACGAGAAAAAAUAAUACUCCGCCUAUUGCUUCUAGUUCAAAAGAAAGUCUACUGCGCCAUCUAAUGAGGCCACGUCUACUGGGUUGUUAUUAAGAAUGGUUCAGGCCUUGUGACUUGUAGGGGGGUAGGUCCAGUCGUAGAAGAACUAGGCCCAAACAGAUCAAUCUGGAUCCAUCUAAGUAUACCGUUGUUAAUUUGGAACCAAACAAAAGCCAAGUGAAUGAUGUCCAAGCUGUGGCUUCUGUAUCGCAUACAUCUGUUCAUGUUAAUUUUCCUAGCAGUUCCGACCAAAAUCAUGGUAAUAAUGGCAUCAAUUUUUUAAUUCCUGUAAUUGAUGCGGUUAAUGCAAUGGUGCAGGGUUUUAAAGUGGCCAUGGAGUCGGAUGAUGUUGCCGAGGGAGGCAACGUGACAAGCCAAGGGCUCGAAACUAUUCCGGAGAUGAUUUCUAAUGGUCAUCAAACUUAAGGAAUGUCGUCUUACUCCUUUUUUCCUAAUUUUUCCUAUGACUAUGAAUCUUAAUAUUUUUGUGUGAAAUGCAUAGGGCUGUGAUAAUCCUCGGUUCGAUAAACACAUCAAUCCGGAUAUUGUAGCCUUUGUUGAAACUCAUAUUAGUAGUAAUAAUGCCAAUGCUGUGAUUUCUAAACUUAAUUUCAGUAGAUCUCACAGGAUUGAAGCCCGUGGUUUUACAGGUGGUCUAUGGAUUUGUUGGAAUGAUUUUGUUCAACUCGAGGUGCUAUAGAACCAUUUUCAAUUUGUACACAGUCGAGCAAAAAAGGGCCCUAUGGCAGAUUGGGUGUAUAUUUCUUUCGUUUAUAGAAGCCCACAAAGAGGGUCGAGGAAAUUUUUAUGGGAAGAAUUAUGUAACAUUUCCCGUAAUUUAUCUAAUCCUUGGCUUCUUGCAGGUGUUUUUAAUGCUAUUCUUUACAGAGAUGAGAAGAAAGGAAGCGGUUCACCUAACCUCGAGGGUGAAUCGAACUUCCAAAACUUUAUAUUUAAUGCAGGUCUUCGGGAUAUGGGAUUCAAGGGUCCUAAAUUUACGUGGUCAAGGGGAAACUUAUUCCAAUGUCUGGAUCGAGCCCUUUGUAACUCUGGUGGGAUCUUGCCUUUUCUCGGGCUACUGUUUACCACUUACACCGGCUUAAAUCGGAUCAUAGACCGCUUUUAAUAUCUGUUGGAGAAUAAUAGACGUAAUAGUGCUCGGCCGUUUCGGUUUUUUCCGUGUUGGCUUUCUCAUGAGGGCUUUGGGCAGCUGGUUUGUGACAACUGGUAGACUGUUCAGAGUGCACCGGAGGCUGUUGAAGCUAUGAGGGAAAAAGCUAUUGUUUGGAAUAAGUCCACUUUCGGCAUUCUUGUUAGUCGAAAAUGACGGAUCAUAGCCCGUCUUAAGGGGAUUUAGAAGACUCUUGCAACUCACAGAUCCACCAACCUUAUUACCACUGAGAUUGAUAUUCGUGUGGAGCUUGAGGAGAUCUUGGACUAUGAGGAGUUGUUAUGGAAAUUGAAAUCGAGGGAUGAUUGGAUCUCUUUGGGUGAUCACAAUACCAAGUAUUACCAUAAUAAGACCCUUGUUCGGCGAAAGUUCAAUAGGAUUGAAGGGUUAAAGAUUGAUGGGGUUAAUUGGUGCUUUGACAAUGAGGAGCUUUAGAAGGCUACGUCCCUUUAUUUCUCCAACCUGUAUACCGCUGAGGAUGUUGCCCUGGAUCAGAACUACAUCAGAGGGAAGUUUCCCCAGUUAUCUGCUGCUGCUGAGCUUUCUGCUCUCCAUGCCCCUAUCCAGGAUAGUGAGAUUCGUGAGGCGCUUUUCAGCAUGGCUCCUCACAAGGCUCCAGGUGUGGAUGGCUUAAUGCUCAAUUUUUUCAAAGCCAGUGGGACAUUGUGGGCCCUUCUAUUUGUAAUAUGGUUUGGGGAAUUUUCUUGGGUGAUGAGAUUAAUCCUCUGUUGAAUCGGACCCUUCUUGUCUUGAUUCCUAAAAGUUAGCAACGGGGAACUCGUAUCACAAUUUCAUCCAAUCAGCUUAUGCUCGGUUCUUUAUAAGAUCAUUACCAAGGCUAUUGUCCAUAGAUUGAAGCCGGUCAUGCCUACAUUGGUUGCUCUGACGCAAGUCAGUUUUGUUGCGGGUCGCCAUAUCACUGAUAACACCAUCAUUGCCCAAGAAGUCAUUCACUCUAUGAAUAAACUUAAAGGAAAAUCAGGGUGGAUGGCGAUUAAAGUUGAUCUUGAAAAGGCCUAUGACAAAAUUCGUUGGGAUUUUCUUAAUGAUUCCCUCCUUGAUGCUGGGUUGCCUUCUAGCCUGGUGGAUACUAUUAUGAGGUGCACUACUUCUGUUCGUAUGCAAGUGCUCUGGAAUGGGUCCAUUACUGAUGAGUUUCGUUCCUCACGCGAAAUACGGCAAGGAGACCCUCUCCCGUCGUACCUUUUUGUUCUUGGCAUGGAAAGGCUGGGGCAAAGCAUUACACAUGCGGUCCAUGAUUCUAGAUGGAAACCUAUUUCGCUUGUGAAGAAUGGUGAAGACAAUAUUGCUUGGAAAGGUGCUAAAGAGGGAGCCAUUUCGGUUAGCGAAGCUUACAGCCAUAUGAUGAAAGCUAGUUGGGACGAUAAAGCGGCAAUCUGAGAGCAUAUCUGGGCCCUAAAAUGCCCGCAACGAGUUAGGAACUUCGUCUGGUUAGCUUGUCAGGGGAAGAUCCUUACUAAUGAAGAGAGAUUGCGACGUGGUUUGACAAACAAUGAGGCUUGUGGCCUUUGUGGCACUCAUCAGGAAAGCGUGCUUCACUUUUUAAGGGACUGUCGAAUGAUUAAAUCGGUGUGGAGGGAAGUGGUGGCACCUACCAAACAGGGAGUGUUCUUUUCCCUUUCUUUAACUGAAUGGUUGAAUGCAAACAUUUGUUCUUCGGUUAAAUUCAACAAUGAGGAUUUUUCUUGGUAUUCAAUCUUUUCUAUUGUAUGUUGGUUUGCCUGGAAAUAUAGGAAUGAUUUAGUUUUCAAUGGUGGUUUGUAGGAAGCAUGGGAUAUUCUCGAUACCAGCUUUAUUUGGGCAAGACAUGCUGCUGGAGCUGGGCACAGUCGAAGCAAGCAAAGCAAUAAUCGCAGUGCUAUCGCUGUUAAAUGGAUUCUUCCCCCAAUGAACUGGAUUAAGUUCAACACUGAUGGUGCCUGGGACUCCAUGACGGGUAUCGGCAAGGCGGGCGGUGUCAUAAGGAAUUCGGAGGACUCUUGGCUCGCGGGCUACAAUCGAUUGAUGGGCGUUAGUUUCAUUCACAACGCUGAAUUAUGGGCAAUUUUUGAUGGCCUAACGCUGACAUGAAAUAUGAAUUACCGACGUUUGGUUGUUGACUGUAAUAAUGCUAGACUUGUCAAGCUGUUAAAAGCUGUAAAUGAAGCUGUCAUCACUAGCAGUUUACUAAUGAGAAUUAAAGAGCUGCUUAAUCGGGAUUGGAUUGUGAUGUUUUAACAUGUGUUCCAUGAAGCUAAUCUUGUGGCCAAUAGCAUGGCUAAGAUGUCAAAUCCCAAUUAUAGCGGUGUUCGUUUGCUUGAUAACUGCCCUCCUGUACUCCGACCUAUUCUAGAAGAAGACAAAUUUAGCAAAGUUAGAACUAACAUGCCAAAAAACAUAUUUUUUAGCUUAAUGCUGUUAUCUCUCAGGGCUUGACCCUCCUUGACUACCAAAAACAAAUAUAACACGUUGUAUAUUUCUGUUUUUUUUAAAAAUCAAAAU